GUCAUUCGUCGAGCAGCGAGCUCGGCGCUUUCAUAUCCAUCGUAAUCGUGCAAUCAUGGCCUGGUCGACCAAUGCCCUGCACGACGGUACCUGCUUUCAGAACAAUUUCAUAACCACAUGCCAGCCGGCGUUUUUGACCUUUCUGACGAUCGUCACCCAGUGGAUGGGCCGCUCGGACGACGAUAAAUUUCGCAAAGAUGUGAUCGAGGACGACGAGGUGUUCGAUUUCAUCGUCGUCGGGGCUGGAAGCGCGGGCUCGGUCGUGGCGAAUCGCCUCAGUGAGAUCAAACGAUGGAAGAUACUGUUGCUGGAAGCCGGCGACGAGGAGCCGAUUCUGGCCACGGUGCCGGGCUUCGUCGGUCUGCUGCCCAACAGCAGCAUCGACUACAACUACGCGUUCCAGUCUGAGCCCGCCGUCUGCGAGAACAAUCCGACCUCGUGCAUACAGCCGAGGGGCCGAGUGAUGGGCGGCACGAGCGUGCUCAACGGCAUGGCCUACGUGCGCGGCAACGAGCACGACUACGACAGCUGGGCCCGAAGAUACGGCAACGAAGGCUGGAGCUGGCGAGACGUGCUGCCCUACUUUAAAAAGUCCGAGAACUUGAGACGACUGGUGCCGAACGCGAGACGAGAGCAUCACGGCCAGGGUGGCUACCUGAACAUCGAGGUCGACCGCGCGGAUCGCAACAUCGACACGAUAAUCGACGCGUGGAGGGAGGCCGGCUACAAGGAGGUGGAUUACAAUUCCGGCAAGCAGGUGGGCAUCGCGCGGCUCCAGUACAACACGCGGAACGGCGUGCGCCAGAGCUCCAACGUGGCCUUCAUCCGGCCGAUUCGCGGCCGCCGACGCAAUCUCAAGAUCCUGACCCGAGCCCGAGCGACCCGAGUCAUCGUGGAUCCGAGUUUGAAGCGGGCCCGAGGCGUCGAGUACGUCGCGGAAGAGUCGAGGAAGAGGAGGGUUUACGCCCGCAAGGAGGUGAUCCUGUCGGCGGGCACCAUCGACUCGGCCAGGCUGCUGAUGCUGUCGGGCAUCGGACCCAGCGAGGAGCUGCGCAAAUUCGGCAUCCCGCUGCUGGCGAAUCUGCCGGUCGGUCGUAAUCUGCAGGAGCACAUCACGGCCAGCGCCAUCAGUCUGACUCGGGUGGAGCCGCGAGCCUCCUUCGAGCUGGUCGACGACAAGGUGGCCUCGGCCCGCCAAUGGCUGCGAAGCCACUCGGGGCCCUUCGCCCCGUCGGGCUUGUGGGGCGUCACGGCGUUCCUGCAGACGGCGCACGAGACGAGGCCCGGCCUGCCCGACGUCCAGGUGUUCUUCGUCACGGGCGUCAACGACCAGCCCCGCACCGGCAACCUAUCCAGCUACAUAGCCAUGGCCUACUACGAUCUGCUGGCCGUGAGUCCGUCGAUCGCGUCGCCCCGCAGUCGCGGCUGGCUGCGGCUCAACGAGACCGAUCCCGUCCGGGGCAAGCCGCUCAUCUACCCCAACUUCUUCUCGGAUCCGCGAGAUCUCGCGGUGCUUGCGGAGGGCCUGCGCGCCUCGCUCGCCUUCACCGGGACCAAGAGGUUCCGGGCGAGCGGGUUCGUCGUCGAGAGGACACCGGCGCCGCUGUGCGCGCCCGAGCCCUUCGGCACGCAGGAGUACUUCGAGUGCGUCGCGCGCCGAUACUACAAGCCGCUGCACCACGUCGCGGGCACCUGUCGAAUGGGCCCGAGCUCGGACCCCGAGGCUGUGGUCGAUCCCAGAUUGAGGGUCCACGGCGUCGGCGGUCUGAGGGUCGCCGACGCUAGCAUAAUACCGAAGCUGCCGCGCGGCAACACCAACGCCCAGGCGAUCAUGAUCGGGGAAAAGGCCAGCGACAUGAUAAAGCAGGAUUGGUCGUGAGACAGUAAACACGCGUGUAUAUAGAAGAGGAAGAAGGAUAAUUUCAAGUACAUGAACGGACGGGUAUUACGAGAUGUACUAUGUAUGUGUGUGUACGCAGAGAUAGUAAAAUUUCACGAGCUGAUUCGGGCA